GGAAACAAUAAUUAACUGACACAAUGAAUUUGAUAACCAGAGCACAAAUCAUAAUCAGCUUAAAUAAAGCAUAUAAUGAGUCCUAUCCCUCCUAUUAAAAGAAAGUACUAUAUCAGUUUGUGUCUCCAAAUCCAGGAAACUACUUAACCGCUAUAUAUAUUUUUAGGCAUCAUCGAAAUCGUUGACUUUUGUAGUCAAAGACAAUCACUUCCUAAUCCUCCACUUCUGGGUUCAUUCAAUCAUCUCUCUUCCCCGACAGCCACAACAGUGCAACACUCUUACAUCAUCCGUCGCAGGUUGAAAGAAUAAGAGCAACUGAAAGCGGCGGCCUUCCACCAGUGGAACGACGUCGUUUGAAACCUCGCCGCUUGCCCUAAUCAGAUUCUUCGCUUUUGAGUUGCUGAAAUUUUUCAUGAAAAUGGAAGUGAACCCUUGAUCGCGAUAGAGAUUCCAUCCAUGGCUUCUGACGAUGUGGGCCUAGUCCAAACCCAACGUCGCCUUGAUGAUGGGCUCAACCACUCCCACCUCGUUUUCCAGGAUACUUUCAACUGCGGCCCGCCACCAGCCCAACGCCGUGGCUCCGCCUCCACCUCCUCCGCCAGCCCUGUCGGCGAAGCUAAAGCCACUACUCGGGAGCUUACCGGCGGCUUCAUCGACCACCACCGCCAGCAACACCACCCUUACUUCCACCAAUCUACGACCUCGGACUUCCGCCGCCCGGUGUUCUCCUCCGCCUUAGCUAACGGGGACCGUCCUCAUCAGGAGAUUCAGGACAGUAGUCUCAACUGGAACCUUAGCAGCCGGGCCUCCCCCACUCCCAGCGGGGAUGGAUCCGAGGAAGACGACGACGUUGAGGAUGAGGAUGACGAGGACGAUGACGAUGAUGACGAGAAUGAGGUGGACGGCCUUGUUCGCCUUGAUGCUAAUGAUAACCAUGAGAAAAGGAUUAAUCAUAGAAAUGGAAGGAGAUAUCAAAAGACUAAGCAGCUCAGCUCGUUUGGCUUGACGGAGGGAGAUGUUGUGGGGAGGAGUUGUAAUACUAAUGAGGAAAAUGGUGGUACGAGGAUGAGAGUGACUGUAGCAAAUGCUGAUGGGGAGUUGUAUCACUCACAGUAUAUGCAGGGAGCGACCGAGAUGGUUUCAAGUGCAGGUCACAAAGAUAUUAUAGCCGGCGAAAAUGGUUGUGGUUUAAGUGGAAGGAAAGAGGGGUUGUAUUUAAGUGAAUCAGGGGAUCCAUUGAGGACAAUCCUUUCUGAUCCUUUGACUGGAGCGCUCAUGGAUGAUGCAAUGAUACUGCCAUGUGGGCAUUCAUUUAGCAGUGGUGGGAUACAAAAUAUAAUUGGAAUGAAAUCUUGCUAUUCUUGUUCAAAACCAGUAUCGGAAGAUUCUAUCCGCCCAAAUCUCUCUCUUCGUGCUGCUGUGCAAGCAUUUCGUCGAGAAGAGGAAAUGCAACCCCAACAUAUAUCAAAAAGGCGGAGGGAUCGAUUUGAGCAGGGUAGGGGGCCUUAUGGUGACUCAAUGCAGACAGAUCAUUCAAGGGGAAGAGGUGUUCAAUUCCCGUUUGCCGUGACUGAUCGAGUUAUAAUAAAGGUUUGCUUCGGAAUCUCAAUCCUCAUUGCUGUUACUGGAUCAGUUUCCAAUGGAUUCACUGAGUAAGAAGAUUUUGUUCAGGGUAACAAGAGGACACCCCCACGUUUUGUGGGACGUGAGGCUAUUGUGACCACUCAGUGCUUGAAUGGAUGGUAAUGCUCUUCUUCCUUUCGAAAGUCUUGUGAUCCCCAACGUUUUAUAUAUAUCGUGCACUGGUCCAGUCGAUGAUUGUUAACUUUGUGGUAACUUUUUGGUAUUGGAAUUUAAAUGGGUACAGGUAUGUCGUAAAAACUUUGGACAAUGCUGAGAGUGUAAAACUGCAGUACCGGUCGCUUGCCAAGGUUGCAGAGAAUUCAUUAUCUGUAAAACCAAUAUCAAGUAAAAUGAGCACACCAAAUUGGCUUCAGACUUAUCAUCUAGCAUGAUCAACCUUUCUGCCUAGAUCAUUAAAUUAAGCAUGUAUGCCAAAGUUCCCUUUUUUUCCCUAAUCUUUCGCAGCCUAAAUCUUUCAGAGAUGCUGUGUUUGUACUUAACUCUAGUGUUGGUAUAGUUGUAUAUUGUAGAACACCGUAGUAUUCAGUUGCAUUAGAGUUUGUAUGAGUUAGAAAAUAGUUUCCUUUUUGUCAUCACCAGCACCCGUGGAAAUGUGCCUUGAACUUGGCUAAAUUGUUUACCUGCUCCAACUGGCUAAAAGCAGAAUGCCUCCUAAAAUAGGAUUUUUGGUAAUUAACCCCCUAAUGAUUUAUUUUCAUGCAAUUUACUCUGGUUAUACUUUUGGUGUUGGUUUUAAAUAACAAGAUAACACUAACCCUUCACAUAAAUGUAUAUUUGAACGUAUAAAUAAGCAAA